AUGAACCCAUUAGGCACACCGGGCGGAGUCGUCAGUCCGCGGAACGAGUUGGCCUUCGACCUGCGGCGGGAGGCUGAACAGGCCAAGGACGCCGACUCUCCUCGCUUUUUCAAGGCCGCCGUGCUGAAAACCUACUUUACACCAUGUGCUGACAUCAGUGGACCAGGUGGCGCGGGAGGCAAUGGGACGAAACCGUCCAUCAGGCAGCUGGAGGCGAUUUUCGAGGUCCCGCGAUCUACUGUCGGCAAAUGGAUCGCGCAUCACCGCCAUCAAGCCGAUCUCUUCGCCCGUUCUACCCUCGAUCAGGCAGUUGAUCUAGUUCAGGAUGACGCCGUCCCGGGGGACCACAACGUCUUCCUCCGGUCGGAGGAGCUCAAGAUCGUCAACUACCUUGUUCGGAGCGCAUUUGCUCACGUCGCCCUCACCAAACCCGAUACAAUCGAACUCUUCAUGCGCCUGUCUCAAGCUCCACGACCAGAUGGAAAGCCUCGCCGCCAGUUCGGUCCCAACGGCCCGAGCGAGUCGUUUUUGGAGCGGUUUUUCGCCGAGUUUUCCGACGAACUCCGCUGGAUCACUGCACACUCGAUCGAAACCAUUCGUACGGCCGCGAUGAACGAGGAAACCCUCAGAAGCUUCUUUGAGCGCCUGCAGGAGCUUUGCGACAAGUCUGGAGGGAAGCUGUGGGCCGAGCCUGGGCGGAUUUUCAACUACGAUGAGUCGGAAAUUUCGGCCUCCUCCAAGAAAGAGGACAAAGUGGUUGCCGGCAAGGGCCAGACGACUGUGUCUGGUGCAUCCGCGCGGACAAAGACCAUGGGAAGACACAUUACCGGCCUGUUCACGGUGGCUGCCGACGGGACAACGCUGCCCCCUUCGUUUGUUCUCGCGCACCCUGGCAAGACUAUUCCGCCGGCGAUGAUCGCUAAUCUGGGGCGCGAGACCAACAUCUAUCACAACGAGAGUGGCUACAUCGAUGCCGAGAUGUUCGCCGACUGGUUCCAGCUGUUCGUGAAGCAAGCUCGUGCCAAGUACAGUGACGGACCAAUCCUUCUGAUUCUCGACGGCGCUUCCAGUCACAAGUUUACCACAGAACUUGUCACUCUUGCGGACGAGAACGACAUCGAUAUUCUGAUUCUGCCUGCGCACACCUCGACCAAGCUGCAGCCGCUCGAUGCGACCGUUUUGGGUUGGUUCAAGAAGCAGCUUCCUGGGGCCAUCAGGGCGAUCCUCAGAAAGUGCAAGAAGUCGAAUGACACCAACACGCGUCUUCGUGCUGCUUGUAACGUUUGGACGUUGCUCACGGAAGGCAAAGAUUGCAGCAAGACCAUCCGUGGAGGCUUCUCGAGAACCGGCAUUUGUCCUCUAGACCCAACUCUGUACCCGAGCUGGAUUGUUCCGACCCUCGCCAACGGCCUCGCCACGCUCCCGACGCCCUCAUUGAAUUGCCCUCGCGUGCCUUCAUCGGUCGAGCCCGUCGAGAACCGCGGUCUUGCACGGCAGAUCCUUCAACUCGCUCGAGAGACGAUUAUGCGCGAACAAACUGGUCUUUCACCUGCGGAAACUGAGAUCCUCCUUGACGCUUUCUUGAGUGAUGUGCGCGCCCUGCUCCAGAAUCCAGCGCUGACCGCGUUCGAGGAGUUGCUGCGAGCGCCCCCGCUGACACCGUCGUCGAGCUGCACCGAGCCUGCCACUGUCCGAACCGUCAAGCCGAACAAGGCCUACUCGCCGCAAGAUGCGGCACAGCGUGCUACCCAACACGAGCGAGAAGCUCGGGAACAAGAAAAGGCUCAGGUUGCGCCUCUCAUGGCGGAGUACAACCGGGCAAUGCGGACCUACGAGGACGAGAUUGAGCCCGUCAUGAAUCAGCAGGACCAACUCAAGUCGACGAUCGAUGCCGACCAGGCCCGGCUCGCAGAACUCGAGGCAGAUGACUCGGCAGCCGCUCUGGUUGCAGACGCGCGUGCGCAACUUCACGCGAACCAGCAGAGGCUCGCCAAAGUCAACGCGACUGUGAAGCAGAUGGUCGCCGCAAAACCCAAGCGCCCCGACGUCCGACACGUCCGCGCGCUUGCCGCCUCGAAAACAGCAGCUGCAGCACCGGCUUUGCAAUCGGUUGCGACGAUGGCGGUUGAGCAGGACGACUCUGACGACGAAUGCGAAGAGGACGGCAUUCCGCCGUCGCCAAUGCAGGUGACUUCUGCCGCUCCAGCGCGCUUCAGGAAGAGAAUCUAUGAAAGAGACUCUGACGACGAGGCCGCUCCAUCAUUUGAAACAGCCCAGAGUGGCGGGUCGGACGAGAAUGUGACCUAUUCACUGUCGUCAAGAUCUCUCGAGCGGCUGAAGGAGCCCCGUCUUGCUACUCGCAGCUCAUCGCGGCUCAUUUUGUCUCCAGGUGUGACACUCAGUCGUGCCAACACAAGUGGCGUGAGCAGCUGGCUGACAAACGACAUGGCGGCGAUGCAGCUUGUGUCAACCGAGGAAAAUGUGUCAUCCACCCCGAAAACCGAUCGCCGGAAGCGACUCGCGCUAUCUGACCUCUCCAAUUCGAACUAA